UAUAAAUAGAUGCAUAGCCUGAGUCGACAAAAUUAGAACAGCAAGAAUUUUUCUUCCUCCGUGGGAUUUUGUCAGCUCUCCCCGCGAAUGCAGAACUCGGGGAAAAUGAAUCUCAUCGGAGAAUUCCUCUUCAAGAUAAUCGGUUUCUUGCUCACGAAGAAGACGAUGAUCGAGUUCAUAUGCUGUCCGACCAAGUUUAUGAGCAGCAGCAGUUUUCCGGUGAGAGGCCGUCCUUCCGGCGCCGCCAUUUUCUGCUCCAAAGCCGCGGCGUAUGUUGUCUCAAACGCGGCAGUCGAUGCCUUCAUGGCCUACAAGAUAAUCUUCCUCUUUGGGCGCCUCUUCUUCUUUCUCCUCUUGGUCCUUGCCUUCUUCUUAUACAUAUGGGAGGAUCAUAUUAGCCAGAUUUUAGCCCAGACCAGCCUGCACGCCGGAUAUUUGUUUCGAAACCCUACCUCUGCUGCUGCUGCUUAUUCUUUCCCCUCUUAUUCUGCUUCUCGGUUUAGGUACGAUGUUUUCAUCAGUUUCCGUGGACCCGACACUCGUAACGGUUUCGCAAGCCACCUUUUCUCCGCCCUGUGUAGGGCAAAGAUCAAAACUUUCAUGGACCACAAGCUUGAGAAGGGCGAGGACAUUGCACGAGGGCUGUUCGACGCGAUCGACGGGUCCAAGAUCUCUGUGGUGGUUUUGUCAGAAAACUACGCCUCUUCGACCUGGUGUCUUGCCGAGCUGGCGAAGAUUAUGAAAUGCAAGAGGAGGGGAGGCCACAGAGUGUUGCCCGUCUUCUACGGCAUCAAACCCAGGGAGGUGAGGAGACAGACGGGAAGCUACGAGGCGGCAUUGGUAAAGCAUGAGAGUGAUUCGACAGAGACAGGAACGGCGGAAAAGGUUAAGAGGUGGAGAGACGACCUUACGGAGGCGGCGAACCUCUUCGGAUACGAUUCCGAUGAAAUCAGGCCUGAAGCUAAACUUGUCGAUGAAAUUGUGGAAGACGUCCUAGAGAUUCUACAGAAGCGCGGAUUAUUUGGAAUCUUUUGCCGUAGGUGAUCGAUCUAUCUUGCCGUAUGGAUGUUAUUGGAUGUUUCAGAGCAGUCCCCUUUCUGUUUUCGUAAUUUCGUCUUGGUUUUGUUGUUCUUCUUUUUCUUGUUUUCCUCUGAAUCUCAAUAUGGUAUGAGAUUUCUGAUCCCAUCUUACACUUCUUUAAUUUGGAUUUCUUCUCUCGAUCUCAUCGGUCUCAGAAGAAGAAAUUUCUCCUUUAUUUUUUGUGGUGGGUUUUUCGGUGAGUUGAUCGGAGAAUCGGAGCUCACUAGUCCAGUUGGAUCUGGGGCUGGCGACGAAGACGACGAUGUUGUUUGUCAAGUGUUCGAUAAAAUUACCGAGUAAGAGAAAUUUCCACUUUUGUCCUUCUCAAUUAUCUUCGUCAUUGAUUUU